CGACAACAGUAGACAAGAUGGCGACGGCAAUAGCACCAGCGGAGUAAGUGCUAUAGUGUGAUAAAACAUGUUGUGGGCGGAACCUGUUAAGAAGAUUGCCCCAGUUGCCAUGGUGAUCUGAAGCGUGCGUGGGCGUGAUGGACAGGUGCAAGCAUGUGGGCCGGCUCCGGCUGGCCCGGGACCACUCCAUCCUGAACCCCCAGAAGUGGCACUGUGCCGACUGCAACACCACGGAGUCGGUGUGGGCCUGCCUGGGCUGCUCGCACGUGGCCUGCGGGCGCUACAUUGAGGAGCACGCGCUCCGCCACUUCCUGGAGCGGCGUCACCCAGUGGCCCUGGAGGUCAACGAGCUCUACGUCUUCUGCUACCUGUGCGACGACUACGUGCUGAACGACAACGCCACGGGCGACCUCAAGCUGCUCCGCGGGACGCUGAGCGCCAUCAAGAGCCAGCGGUAUGAGUGCACCACGCGAAGCGGCCGCACGCUACGCUCAGCCGCCUCCGCCUCCCCUGUGGUGGGGGGCGAGGCCCCGCCCGGCACUGCCCGGGACCUGAAGGAUGAGGACCGCAUGUUCACUGCCCUGUGGCACCGGCGCCAUUCCCUGCUGGGCCGGGCCUUCCGCUCCUGGUUCCGGCUGACAGCGGGGGGGCGGCAGCGGGCAGAGGAGGAGCGGAGGCGCGAGGAGGAGGAGGAACGCAAGAGGGAGGCGCGGGAGAGGAGGCUGGCGCUCAAGAGGCAGCUGAGGGAGGAGCUGGACAGCGCCCCACCCAGGAAGAGCCACCGUCUGCGGAGACAGAGCCAGAGGGCGAGGGCGGCGGCAGCAGCGGUGGCCUCAAUGAUGCCCAGAGCUGCCCGUCCUAGCCCCGCCACCCUCACACCCACCCCCAAGCGGAGGCGGUCUGAGAGGAGGGCGGUGCCCCCUGGGGCACGCCUGGCCAAAACCCGAACCAAAACCAGAGCCACCUCAACCAAAGCCCCUACCUCCACGCAGCCCAGGACUCUGGUGUCCAAGGCGUCCAAGGCAGCCAAGGUGUCCAAGGCAGCCAGGGCAGCCAAGGUGUCCAAGGUGGUCGAGUCGCCCUUCAGGCGGAGGCCCACGGUGACCCCGGGCGUGACGGGGCUCCGCAACCUUGGCAACACGUGCUACAUGAACUCCAUCCUGCAGGUGCUCAGCCACCUACACAGCUUCCGCGAGUGCUUCCUGCAGCUGGACCUGAACCAGGCGCUGGAGCUGCUGGCCAGCGCCGUCAGCGGGGGGCUCGCCAGGGCCGCCCGCCUCCCGCCGUCGCCCCCCGGCUGCUCCCGCCCAGCCCCGCCCCGGGCGCCUCGGAAGGGCCGGCUGUCGGGGGCGGGGCUGAGCGGCGGUGCCUCCCGCGCCCGCAGCAUGGAGCUGGUCCAGCGCAAGGAGCCCAGCUCCCGCCACAUCUCGCUGUGCCACGAGCUGCACACGCUCUUCCAGGUAAUGUGGUCGGGCAAGUGGGCGCUAGUGUCGCCCUUCGCCAUGCUGCACUCGGUGUGGCAGCUGAUCCCGGCCUUCCGCGGCUACGCCCAGCAGGACGCCCAGGAGUUCCUGUGCGAGCUGCUGGACAAGGUGCAGCGUGAGCUGGAGAGCACGGGCACCCUGGCGCCCGCCAGCGCCCCGCCCGCCCAGCGCAGGCUCAUCCGCCAGGUGCUCAGCGUGGUCAACACCAUCUUCCACGGUCAGCUGCUCAGCCAGGUGACAUGCUUAGCCUGUGACAACAGGUCCAACACGGUGGAGCCAUUUUGGGACCUGUCCCUGGAGUUCCCCGAGCGCUACCACUGUAACAGCAAGGAGACAGCUGCCCACUUCCCCUGCCAGCUGACUGAGAUGCUGGCCAAGUUCACAGAGACGGAGGCCCUGGAGGGAAGCAUUUACGCCUGCGAGAAGUGCAACAGCAAGCGGAGAAGGUUCUCCUCCAAACCUGUUAUCCUCACUGAAGCUCAGAAGCAGCUCAUGGUUCACAAACUGCCUCAGGUCCUUCGCCUGCACCUCAAACGCUUCAGGUGGUCUGGCAGGAACAACAGGGAGAAAAUCGGGGUUCACGUCAGCUUUGACCAGGUGCUGAACAUGGAGCCCUAUUGCUGCCGGGAUGCCUCCCCUGUGACACUGCCACGCGGCGAGCGCUUCCUGUAUGAGCUGUCCGCUGUCGUGAUGCAUCAUGGGAAGGGCUUUGGCUCCGGCCACUACACUGCCUACUGCUACAACACAGAAGGAGGAUUCUGGGUCCACUGCAACGACUCCAAGCUGAAUGUGUGCACGGUGGAGGAGGUCUGCAAAGCCCAGGCCUACAUCCUCUUCUACACCCAGCGAGUUUCUCAGGACAAAGGGAAGCCUCUUUAGAGGGAUUAGCCCCCUGUUUAGGGGCCACCCCAGGGGAGGGGAACCCCCCAAAGCCCCUCCCUCCAACACCAGCAGUCACAGUAGGAAGAGUUCAACCACCCUUGCUCCUCUCCCCUGGAGACAUCAGGAGAUC